AUGGCAUGCGUAUAUCAUGAUAUUACUACUACUAGCCAACAACCAGAACCGUCGGAAGAAACGACUAGUACUCAAGCAAGUUCAACUGCUGGUGCCAGUGAGUCUAUCGACGAUAAUAACACCACUGAUGAUAACGGCAAUGAAACUACAGUAGAUUUUUUCACUAGCACUAGCCAAGAACCAGAACCGUCGGCUGAAACGACUAGUACUCAAGCAAGUUCAACUGCUGGUGCCAGUGAGACUGCCGAGGAUAAUACCACCACUGAUGAUCACGGCAAUGGAACUACAGUAGAUGCUAUUACUAGCACUAGCCAAGAACCAGUACCGUCGGCUGAAACAAUUAGUACUCAAGCAAGUUCAACUGCUGGUGCUAGUGAUACUACCGACGAUAAUACCACCACUGAUGAUUAA